GUGUGGACGAUGACGGCUACCUGGAAUUAAACAUCGAAUGUCGAGAUUCAAUGCACCAUCAAGACAAAGAUUUAAUUAUUGGAACAUAUUAGAAAGGUCACAAGAAUAGAAAACGCACGUCAAGAUGAAUGCGAGAACACAGUUGUUUGAACUGAGCAUGGAAGGUCGUCAGGUGGACGAGGCAGUGGCGAGUAUUUUCCACAGCGUCCUGUUUCAUCGAAGCCUAGGCAAGUUCAAAUACAAACAAGAAGGUAGUUACUCCGUAGGAACCGUUGGUUACCAGGACGUCGACUGUGAUUUUAUCGAUUUCACAUACGUUUGCUGCUCGUCAUUUCACCUCGACCAAACCCUGAAACGCGAAAUCUCGGGCUUCUCGGAAGCCCUUCGUUCCACGGACAGUCCUGGCUCUGGUCAGAUUUCCCUAGAAUUUUUCCAGAAGAAGAAGAAUCGCUGGCCGUUUCAACCCGAGUGUAUUCCGUGGGAAGUGUGGACUGUGCGACUCGAACUGAUAAAACUCGCGACAGAACACGAGCGGCAAAUUUGUCGGGAGAAAGUCGGUGAUUUACUUACAGACAAAAUAUUGUACAUCACUGAAAUUAUGAAUCGACACGAUUAUCUGCCAAAAAUGCCGAAUCAGGCAGAAUUGGACUUAAUUUUUGACACGUCGUAUCCUGACAUUCAGCCUUAUCUUUUCAAAUUAUCAUUUACGACUUCGGGACCAUCGAGCACGACGAUGGGCAACACCAUGAAAAAACUUAUCAAAGAAACUCUGUCCAUGUAGUUGUAAUGCAGUUACAUCAUCAAGCACUAGUUUCCCCCCUUUGUCCAAGAACAUUUUUGGUUAUUCCUCGAGGUCAAAUUUAGUCUCAUUUAUUCAAUUUUCGUUUUUUUUUGGGGUUUUUUUUUUUUUUUUUUGAAAGUGCAAAACUGUUGUUGAAUUUCGCCUGCGAUUCUACUUUAUCACCUGAAAAAUACAAAUUGCGGUUCAAGGUAACUUUUUCAAAAACAACAUGUUUUGAGUUUGCUCUCAAAUAAAACGAGAAAGCUCUUUCGUGAAAGUUCUGUAUAUAAGACAAUAAAUACUGAUUAGAUUAGGUAAAUUUUUUUCAGAAAAAUUUUGGUUUAAGAAUUUAGAUUAAUCUUAAUGUAAUACUCUUUGUUACAAAAAAAGAGUAGAGAACACAAAAGACAAUAAGAGAAUAUUUUCAUUAUUGAUUCUACUUUAAAAAUUAUGGAUCAGAUUUUUAUUAUAGGAAAAAGCUUUAAGUACGUAUUAAGAAUUUAUAAACCGUAAUAUACAGUUCGAAUUUAAAUUCCGAGCAGAAAAUCCAGAUGACAAAAUAUUGAAUUCAAGCAGAGGUAAUUUUAUGACAGUUUUGCCCAGUAGAAAUUAGAUUUUUAUUUAAAAAAAUUAUGUCCUGAGGACGGUCCUGGUCUAUUAAUCUCAAAGAUUAAUUUAUAGAAUUCGCAAACUUUUAAAGGACCCUACUUAGGAUUGUUUGGUGAAGGAUUAAAGUAAGCACAUUUUCCGAAUUAAUCGCUAGGCUUUUCUAAUUGUUGAUUAGGGGAUAUUUUCGGCACAACUAACAGUUUAAUCUCACUAAAAAAAAUCCGAGCUUUCAAUCAAAUUCACUAAAUUUCGAACAACAUCAUUAAUAUAAAUUCAAAAGCAAUGAAAAAUAGUGGCUCCGUAUGCUGCAGCUAUGUCUACGACAUUUUAGAUUGAUUGUAUAGUACAAAAGAAUGUGAAGAUUUUUAGCACUCGUGUGCAAAUGUGUAUCCAUUGUACAGUGCGAAGAAACUUAGUCUUAAUAUUUACACUGUUUACUUCGAUAUUUUGACAAUUUUGCUUUAAUGCAUUCAAAGGGAGUUUCAGAGAGUGACUCUUGUUAAGUGAGAGAAUUAAAUAUACUUAGGAUAAUACUGAUCAAAUGCAAAUACACUCGUUUUCUAGAUAGAUAAGAUGCGAAUCUGACGAAACUUGCGAGGCUUGUUCAAAGUACAGUUUUCACAGGAUCCGAUUUUAGCGUAAUUACGGGGUAGUUGCAUGGAUUUUUAGAUGACACAAUUUUUCAAUACGUAAUCAGUAAUUUAUCAUUUUUCACGCGAAAAAUAAAAAAAAAGGGAUAGUUAAGGUAGUUGUCGUGGCAAAAGUCAAAUAUCUGGAAA